CGGACGGACGCGCGCGAGAAGAGGAUGACGCCGUGUUUAGCGCGCGCGGUGCUGCGCGUGCUGAGCUGCUUCAGCGUGUCGCGGGUUUUGGCAGACAGUUUAGCUCCUCCCGUAAAUGUUUCUGUCAGGGAUCUAAAGGCCAACUCAGCUACAGUGACAUGGGAGAUCCCAGGAGCAGAGCCGGUUAUUGGAUUUGCCAUCACACAGCAGAAAAAGGAUGUGCACAUGCUGCGCUUCAUACAGGAAGUGAACACCACCACACGGAGCUGUGCAUUGUGGGACUUGGAGGCAGAGACUGACUACAUCGUGCACGUGCAGUCCAUCAGCACGCACGGGACGAGUCCGCCAAGCGAAACCCUCCGCUUCAGGACGCCAAAAGAAGCCGAGAGACAGACCUCUAAAAACGAAGUCACCAUGGAGGAAGUGGGGCAAGCCAGUCAGCUCAGGGCGGGGGAGAUCAUCAUCAUCGUGGUGGUGCUCGUAAUGUGGGCAGGUGUGAUCGCCCUUUUCUGCCGUCAGUACGACAUAAUCAAAGACAACGAGCCUAACAAUAACAAAGACAAAGCCAAGAAUUCGUCAGAGUGCAGUACCCCUGAGCAUCCAACAGGGGGUCUGUUACGGAGCAAGGUGUAACCCCACCACCUCCACCUCCACUUUCUCCCCGAGCGAAGAGGACGACUAGCAGGUUCUCCACAACAACAGCAAGAACUGGAUGGCAUCCGUGACUGUUAACAAGGUGUGGCAGGACACAUCUUUUUCCAAAUAAAAAAGAAAAGAAAAAUCACAACACCUGGCUCAAGUCUAAUAAAGAGCAGAGGAGAUGAUGGACAAACAGGAGGACGUAUGUGUGUGACGCGCCUACGGGUUUUAGUGACGAAAAAUGCAGGGUUGGAACGGAAAGCGAGCUUUUCUCACCGUUUUGUCAUGCAACACUCAGCUGCUCUCUACAUCAUUACUCUGACAUGGAUCCAUGAGGACCCGCUGGAGUGAUAAAAAAAACCCUCUUCUCCUCCCUUCUGUUAGAGCGAGACAUAACUUUUGAUAAAGCAUUUAUACCACAGCACUGUAUAUGAAUUGAUUUUCUGUGAAAGCACCUCUGACAGCAACGAGGCUGCCGGUCACAGUUUAAUGUUAUCCU